AUGAGCAACGCUAACUUGGGAACUGAAAAAAUCGAUUUAUCUGGUAUAUAUUCAACUUGUACCGAAAAUUUUUCAUGGGAUAUAAGAUACUAUAAUGGUGGUGGUACGGCUGAUCACUUUAUUAAAUUGUGUAGUAAUUUUAAGAAUGUUCUAAACAAAGAUGUUUCUAACUCUUGGAAUUUUGUUAGAUAUUGCGGAAAACUUGGUUUAUAUUUAGAGAAUUUAGAAAAUAAGAAAUCUACGUUGAAACUAGAACCAUGUUGUAAAUUAUUCUAUUAUAAACUGAAAAAAGAUAUAAUAGAUAAUUUCUCAUUAGAAUAUACUGACCCUAGAGAUUGCUACGGUAAAAUGACAGAACAAGAUGGAAGUACAUUCAAAACGAAAAUAUCUAGUAUAUGUAUGGAUUAUUUUGUCUAUAUUGAUAGUAACACAUCUACACUAUUGGAUUAUAUAUUGGAAAUAUAUGAGUACAUUAAUCUCUUUAAAAAUAAUCCACUUCAGAGGACCACUGUUAAUGUGCGUCCGUUUACAAAGAAGAUAGAAAAAUUAGAAGAACAUCCUUAUGAAGAUAAAAACCAAAUUAAGGCAGAACUCGAAAAAAUUAUUAAAAUAUGCUCAGGCUAUAAAAAUGAUUGGAAUAGUGUUCUGUAUGGAAAACCUUCAUUAUUUUUACUAUCUGAUGAUUGGAUAAACGAAAGAAAAGUGAAACUCAAUGAAUUAGUUACUGAAAAAAAAUGGAAUAUUGACGAUGACAUAGAAACAUUAGAAACAAAAGAAGUAGGUUCUCAAGCUUUAAUGGACACUGGAACAGAUGGUGUAACAAACGGAGGAAAAUAUACUGGAACGGUUUUUAUAAGUUUUUCAAUAUUAAU